AUGAAGAUUUGGACAUCCGAACAUACUUUUAACCAUCCUUGGGAAACAGUUGCGCAAGCAGCAUGGAGGAAAUAUCCCAAUCCCAUGAAUCCAGCAGUCGUAGGAAUCGAUGUUGUUGAUAGAAAGGUAGUAAAUGGAGUUUUACAUACACACAGACUCGUCAGUUCUAAAUGGUUUUUUCCACGAUGGGCGCAAGCAAUUAUUGGUACUGCCAAGAUUUGCUAUGCUAGUGAAAAGUCCGAAGUGAAUCCUAAUGAACGUCAAAUGACUUUAAAGACUAGCAAUUUAACAUUUUGUCACUACAUUGCUGUUGAUGAAACUGUUAAAUAUACUCCUCACCCAUCAGACCCUGCAAAAACCCUUUUAACACAGGAGGCUGUGGUAACUGUACAAGGAGUGCCACUAAGCAGCUAUAUGGAAGAUCUAUUAACAAAUAAAAUUUCACUGAAUGCUGGCAAAGGACGUCAAGCCAUAGAAUGGGUUAUUGGAAAGCUAGACAAUGAACUAAAAGAAUUAGCUAACACAGCUUGCAAAAGUACAGAUGAGCUUUUAUCACAAACAAAGAAGUCUUUAGAUGAUAUAACAACAACAGCAAGAAGAUCCAUGGAUGAUAUAUCAUCCAAAGCCAAAAAAUCUUUGGAUGACAUAGAAAAAUUCAGAAAGGCAAAUGCCAAUCAACGGAGC